AGCGCUUUCUUUUGACUUUUGAAAGGAGUGUUUCAUAAUGGCUAAUAGUAAAUUAAAUACUGACCUUCCUUUAGUGUCUAAUGUAAAUGACAUUUUAGUGCAGCAUUAUAUUUUUAAUUUUGCUUGUAACUUUGAAGAAAAGUGUUUUGAGUGUUAUGCAGUGUUAUUUUUGGAACCUGUUGUUGAUUUUGCAUUGUUAGAACCAGGCAAAUGUAAACAUGUAGAUACCUCUGCAGAUACAUCAAAUCCCUUAAAAUCGAAAAAUCAUGAAGUGCUUCAGUGCAGUGAUGCUGAAAAUACUUCUCAGUCCUUUUCAAAGUUUAUGCUUAUUUUAGAUUGCCAUAAAAUAGAGGUGGAUCAAGUUUCAGAAAUUAAAUCAUCAGCUGAUAAAUUAAAAUAUUUAAAAUGCUCAGAUUUAAAAAAGUUUUUGCAGAAUGUGAGUAGUCAGCUACAUUUUGUAGUUGAGGAGUGGUCAUUAAAGAUUUGGACAGACUCAGAAACAUGUAAACUUUGUUUUCCAAAGAUUAUUGGAAUUUCUUAUAAAACUGUGCCUUCUGGACCUUCUUUAUUAUGGGUGAAUGAUCAAGACGGAAAUCCUUCAGUUUUCAACUACGGAGCAUGGAUAAACAACCGUUCUUUUUUCCCAUGUCAAGAACCACCUAUUGCUAUGGCAAGUUGGGAAGCAACGGUAUCAGUACCAAAUUCAGCCACUGUGCUUAUGAGUGGUGAUGAAGAACCAUAUGUUUGGAGUGAUGAAGGAUUAACUACCUUUUACUAUUUUACAAGAGCAGUCUUGCCUAUGUCUGUUUUAUGCCUGGCAGCUGGUUUUUGGAAACACCAUGUUCUUUCUUCCACACACAGAACUGGUCCUAAAUGCAGAGUAUUUGCACCCUCUAAACUUGUACAGAAAGCUUUUCAAGUACUCAGUGAAUAUGUUCCUUGUUGUCUUUCUGUUUCUGAAAAUACACUUGGCCCUUAUCCUUUUCCUAGAAUAGAUUUUUUACUAGUACCUCCUACUUUUGGAAGCUUUGGUAUGGCUAGCCCAAAUGUAAUUUUUCUAUCUCAGUCUUUGCUUGUGGGUUAUAGCAGCAUGUGUUCCAGAGUAGCUCAUGAAAUUGCGCAUGGCUGGUUUGGUUUACUUAUAGGAGCCCUUGACUGGACUGAAGAAUGGUUGAGUGAAGGUUUUGCCACGUUUAUGGAAGAUUAUUUUCACACAUUGGCUAAAAAUAUGCAAAAUUGUGAAAAGAAAGACUACUUGGAACUGAAGGCUUUUUUGAGGAAGAAAAACCUAUUACAUGAAAUAGAAAAUACAGCUGAUGAGCUCCAAAUUCUUAGACCAUCUCAAGGGAAGGUCAUAAAAGAAAUUAUUGAUGGAGUUGAUGCUGCUAUUUUAAAGAAUGGUCAAAAUCCCGUGAAAGGUUUCACACAAGUACAUUAUAUAAAGGGUUACUUCUUAUUGAAAUAUUUAUCAGACACAGUUGGAACAGAAAGUUUCAUGCAGUUUUUGCGGGCUUACAUUAAAAAAUUCAAAGGUCAACUUGUUACUUGUCAGGAAUUCCUUACCAUGUUUUUUGAUAUGUUCCCAGAAGUGCAGGAGAUUUUGACUUUAGAGAAAAUUUAUGAAAACUGGCUGCACAAUCCUGGUGUUCCUGUUGAAGUUAAAGGAAUUAAACCUUCUCCUGAAAAUGAAUUAUUUAAAAAAGUUAUUAGCGAGACAGAAAACUGGGUAAAAAUUAACUCUUGUAUGCUAAAAAAGAGGCAGAAGAGAAGGAAAUUUAGUUUUGAUUGUGUAUCUUUUGUGAAUAAUCUGACUGCAGAACAAACAAUACUGCUGCUUGAAAAUCUGUUAAAUGAAGAAAAGAUAAGCACUCAGAUAUUGAGACAUUUAAAAGAGUCGUUUAAAUUUGAGGAGACAGAUGCUGAAGUUCAGCAUAGAUGGUUUGAAAUGGUAGUCAAAUACAAAUAUAGACCUGCAUAUGCUGCACUGAAGGACUUUUUAACCAAUCAUUUGGCAUUAGGAGUGUAUUUAUAUGGUGAAUUGAUCUUCUCAGGCGAUAAAGUGCAGAAAGCUAUUGCAGAAGAAUGUUAUACAUCUCUGAGAGCUGAAAUGGAACCAAAUUACAUAUGUACAAUUGAUCAAAUGUUCUUGGAUUCUGCAUCAUAAAAUGCUUUAUGUAAAAACUGUAUAGACACAUAUUUAUAUUAUGUAAAAUAAAUGUUAAUAAAUCUGCAUCUGUAAAAAGUA